CGAUGGUGAGCCUAUCGGACCAGCACACGGAGCGCACACAGCAGCAGCAGCAGCAGCGGCAGCAAGCAGGGCGAAAGUACAGGGCUGGACUGGACCGGACCGGACCGGACGGGCUUCGGCUUGUGCUUGUGCUUGUGCUCCUGCUCGCCCUUGGGCUGCGGCUUUAGCUCGCGCCUGCUUGCGCUCGCGCUCGGGCUCGGCUCGGAUCGGACGAGCAGGAAGAGGAGGAGGCAGGAGAUGAACAAACGCAGAGAGUCGACGAUGGUCUGAGGCGGACGAAGGAGCUCGUGGGAAGCGCAGGCAGAGAUCCCAUUGUGCGAUUGAUUGGAGAAGGGCAGGAUUUCUACAGACGGACUGACAGACAGACAGACAGACAGACAGACGACUAGCUCCACCGCCGUCGUAGUGGUCGUCGUUGUCAUUUGAGGGAGGGAGGGAGAGUGAUAGGGGAGGAGGGGAGGAGAGGCUGCUGGAGAUGAUAAGAGGGCCGAGGCGGGCAAGAGGAAAGAGAGAUGGAUAAAGCGGGGUUCAAAGGAGUGUUUAGUGGGAGCGCGGCGCAGGAGCACGCCAUCGACUGGGAGUUGCGGCCGGGUGGAAUGGUAGUGCAGAAGCGAGACCCUGACGCUGUCGCCGUUGUACAGGGCCCCAUGAUUAAGGUCAAGGUGUCGCACGGCCUUUUCUCCCAUGAUGUCACCAUUCCUGCCCAAGCCACUUUCGGCGACCUCAAGAAGUUGCUUGUGCAGGAUACCGGUUUGAAGCCCAACGAACAGAGGCUUCUCUUCAGAGGCAAACAGAAAGAAGACUCCGAGUGGUUACAUGUCGCAGGAGUUAAGGAUAAGGCGAAGAUAAUUCUGGUCGAGGAUCCAGCCAGUAGAGAAAGAAGGCUAGAUGAGAUGAGGAAGCAAGAGCAGAUUGCUAAGGCUUGCAAGGCUGUCGCUGGAGUUCGAUCGGAAGUCGAUAAGCUGGCCGGACAGAUAUCAGAGUUAGAAGCAAGCAUUUCGACUGGAUUCACCGCCCAUGAUAGUGAUUUCACCGUUUUAACGGAGUUGCUGAUGAGACAACUGUUGAAGCUGGAUACCAUCCAAGCUGACGGAGAAGCGAAAGCAUUGCGCAGGACUGAGGUCCAAAGGGUACAGAGUUUUGUUGAAGCUGUCGAUGGAAUGAAAUUGCGUAAUUCCAAAGCUCAAGCUCCCAGUUCUUCCGUAGUGGUUACCACUCAGUGGGAGACAUUUGACAGUGGAAUGGGCAGUCUUACGGCACCACCUCCAUCUUCUAUUCCAACCAUCACUGACUGGGAGAGAUUUGACUGAAAGCUUUAAUUGUUCUGUCUCUCACCCAAUUCUGUAUCUGCACUUGUUUUGUAGCAUGAGUUUGUUGUCAAUAAUUUUUUCUUUCACUUGUGAAAUCCUUUAGAGGCCACAGUACAAAAUUUGUGGGUUAUACCAAUAUCCAUCUUCAGUUUUCCUAGUUCACUUGCAUGUACACAUAAUUAAUCGAUUUUCCAGCUAGACUUCCUGGAUUUUACACUUUACCGACUCCGCUCUUUCUUGAGCCAUCCGAAUAAACGAAUCAGGACUUUUCGAGUAACAGGAGAUUUUUUUCGUCCGUCUCUUGGCAAGACUUCCAGUGAUCAUUUUAUGUUGUACUCACAUUUGCUGUGUGGCAGCCCAGACUUGAUGUCUUCUCGCAGUCUCCCAUGUACCAGAUCUGAGCUUGCUAUUAGGACUUGCUAAAUAUGGACCAUGGCAACGUUUCUUGACCUCUUAUUGCGAUUCUCGCUCAUCAAAGUCGUGAAUCUGUCAACUACUUUCUUACAAUAGCAUGCUCCACUUGAUUGCCUUCUGGCUGUAUCUCACGUACGGAAUAAGAUUCAGACCUGGACGCAUGUCUUGCCCUGUGUUUUUGAUCGGCAAGUUCCCUCGGCCGUGUGCCUAUCAAUUGCAGUUGUUACAGGUCAAAGGAAGGUUGGUCGCAGUCGAGGUUGUCUGUCAUGUUCAGCAUGUGCUGAAAGUGUGAUAUCUCCACCAAACUUGUCAUGGGAGGCCAUUUUCUCUUGCAUUUAGAGAUUUGUCUGUGGAUGUCACGAUGGUAGCUUUCUCAUUCUCUCAGUAAAACCU